AUGGACGAAUGCGAACUUCUCUGCGAAGCAGCGAAAAACGGCGACAUAGACAAAGUUAAAUCUCUCAUAAACUCAGGAAUCGACGUUACUUACUUCGACAACAACGGCCUUACCCCUCUCAUGCACGCCGCCAAGCGAGGCCACACCGUUAUCGUCAAUGACCUUCUCGAAGCUGGCGCACCGUGGAACGCUCUCUCCCCUUCCAAUAUCUCUGCUGGAGAUUUCGCCAUGGAAGCUGGCCACCAAGACGCCUAUGCUAUUCUCCUCAAUGCUGGAAUUCAGUCCGAGUUAAUAUUAGGAACAAUUGCAAGGAAAGAGAAAUCAAAUUCUGAUUCUAGUAAGACUUAUUUGGAAGAUAGGGUUAGUUUUAGCGAAGACAAGAUAAUGGACUCAGAUAGCAAGGCGAUAAUGAUGGCUUGGGAGAAGCCAUUGAUGGAAGCACACGCAAAGGCGGUUUGCUCAGGUGGCGGUCAUAUACUGAACAUUGGCUUUGGAAUGGGCCUUGUGGAUGCAGCUAUUCAACAAUAUAAUCCGGUUAUGCAUACGAUUGUCGAGGCACAUCAGGAGGUUUAUGAACGGAUGAUUCGUACUGGUUGGGGUGGGAAGGAGAACGUGAAGAUAGUAUUUGGGCGGUGGCAAGAUGUUCUUUCUCAACUUGGAACUUAUGAUGGUAUUUUCUUUGACACUUAUGGAGAAUAUUAUGAAGACCUGAGAGAAUUCCACCAACACUUGCCUGUGCUAUUGAAGCCUGGAGGAAUCUACUCAUUUUUCAAUGGACUUUGUGGAGGUAAUGCAUUCUUCCAUGUUGUUUAUUGUAAUUUAGUCUCGCUAGAACUCGAGCAUUUGGGCUACUCCACACAGUUAAUUCCCUUGCCUGUUAAGGAUUGUUUGGGAGAAGAAGUUUGGGAAGGUGUGAGACACAAGUAUUGGCAGCUUGAUACAUACUAUCUCCCUGUUUGUCAGUCUAUCAAGGAUUCGGAAUGA